UUUACCGACGACGGCUCAUGAGCCUCACCAACUGCGAGCAAAUUAGCCCAAGCAAGCGAGAGAUUGCACGCAACUGAUCGGGCCACUUCACAGCCUGUUUCUCCACUCGUGUGAAUUGUGGGUUCCUCUUACUUCUGCACAUUUUUUAGCUUCGCGACGUGGUUGUGGUGUGGGUGUUGAGUUCGAGCACAAGAAGCGUUGGUGUUGCAGAGUCAGGGAAAUUGGAGUCGGAAGGGACGUAGACCGACUUGUUGGGGGUUUGCUGAAGCGCACUGGGUUGAAGCUCAUUCACAAUUUCCGGAGGUGGGGGCUAGGGAGGUGGAGGACCAGGCGGUGAGAGCAUGGACAGCAUUUUGAGCAAAGCAGGGGGGUUCUUAUUCGCCCAGAAGGCCUCAAACUUCUCCGACAGUCUCGUCAAUGACGCUAAUGCGUUCUCAAGCAGCAUAUCCGAAGGCACCUCACGCUUCAUCAGUCGCUUACAAGGCAAAGUGCAGACACCGCUGCCGGAGCUGUUACAGAAGCACCAAAUCCCCGAGGGUUUGUUCCCCAAGAACGUCCUGAAGUACGAGUUCGAUGAAACAACAGGGCAGCUAGCGGUAGUGCUUCCAUUCCCAUGCGAGGUGCGGUUCAAAGACGAUUCCGUCGUGCGGUAUGAUCAGAGAGUAACGGGAGUCCUGUCCACAGGCGUGCUCAAAAACAUCGAGGGCAUGAAGACCAAGAUCCUGAUGAUGUGGUCCAAGGUGGUAUCAGUCACCAUGGACAAGCCAGAAGCCACCAAGGUGGUGUUCAUCUCGAGCAUUAACAAAUCUCGGCCUCGAGAUGCGUACAUCCUUCUACGAGACGGCAUUGAGGUGGACGAUUUCUAAGCCCGAUCAGCCUGGAGGAUUACAGACACUUAUCGAGCUGAUGAUUUCCUCUUGUGCAUUGCACAGGUGUGAGAUUCAGAGCAAUGGAUCGGUGUCAGUGUUCGUGGCUGAAAGCCUGCAUCUCAAGCUUCGUGCCUUCGCGAUUUUGCAGUGAUCCUCCAGUGACAAUGCCGUCUUUCCAUUCUUAUCUUCACAGCAGACUCUAGUGUCCGUGUUGAUCGACCACUGCUUUGUCUUAUAGCCUUGGCAAGAAGUGAAAUUGCCUUGGUGUCGUUGCAUCUUUUCUACGGUUGAUUGCUAUACCUUAAGUUUUAGGAUGGAAAUGGUUGUUCACUUGUACAUUCUGGGGCAAAGCUUCUGCCCAACCCCCCGCUUAGUCCGUUAGAUGAGCUUUCAUGCAAUCUGAGACCUCGAAUAAUUUUAUACAAACUUCAUUACCUACU